CUCAUGUCAUUCAUGUCACAAACACAGAUGAAUCUUUCUACAAAAGGGUUUUUCAAAUAUUUUUUAUGAUUUUAGUGAAUAAAUGUUUCAAAACUGGAUUUUACCACGGGAUAAAAUGCAAAGUACCAUCAAGGAAAUACUUGAUGCUCUUGGAAUAUGUAGUUUGGAAGUAGAUACAGUAUUGGAUUACAUGCAAAAUGAUGCCAACUACGGCAACAGCAAUCUCACAUCCAAACAAGCGAAUGAGUAUGCUCAAAGAUUGGCGCUAAAGGCAGCAAAUGCCAAAGCGUUCCUGAAAAAGUAUGAAGAUUUGAAGAACCGCAAUAUCGACAAUCUACAUGACAUCAUACUGUUAUUCUAUAAGUUAGUGUAUGAUGACAAGAAGUCUAAAAUCACUAAACCUAAAGUUGCUCCAAAGCCAAUAUUGGGUGACAACAAACAUCAAAUUACCAAAGAUGAUCUCCCACAGAUUAAAGACAAAUUGCUAAAAGCUGUUGAUGAGAGCAAAAAGCUUGUAAUGAAGUCAUUUGAAGAAAAAGAAUCCAAGAUUCGGCCAAAUUGGUUUAACAGUUUGGAUUUGCCCAAUUGGCAAAAAGAGCAUCCAGCUAUGUCUUGGGACUUUCCUAAAGAACCUUUACCCAUAAUUGGCAACCUUGUGGGUAUACCUGUAGAUUCUCAAGAGAACAUCAUGAUAGAUGAACUCCUUUAUUUGUUUUCUGGAAUCCCUGGGAAUUUCAUCACUCACCAACCUGUGAAAGAUAUCUUUGAUCCACGGUCUUUCACAAUUUCUGAAGAUUUAGACGAUGCUUUAAAGCAAAUCAUUCAACAAAUGCUGCCACUUGCUUCAAAUUACUCCAUAGUGAGACGGUUUCUCGAGAACUGUGAUAUGUGGUCAGGUCAAGUACUACAUGCAUUGGUUGCAGCCAUUGAAAUACUGUUAAAGGAUUACUAUACAAUGAUAGCUCAAUUGGAAACUGAGCAUAUAUCAGGGGCGCUAUCACUACAGAAGCUGUGGUACUUUGUGUUGCCUACCAUGCACACCAUGCAAGUUCUUGCCGCUAUAGUCACUAAUAUUGGAAAGAGCGAACUUCGUGGAGGCGCAGUUUUGACGGUCCUGCAUGAUAAAACUAAUACUCUGAUGGGCGACGCAAGAGCUCAAGAAAUAUCACUAUUCCUAACUGAGAGGGCUAGCCGACCGUACCUCGCCAUCUUAGACCAAUGGAUACAUAAAGGAACCAUUGUGGAUCCGUUUCAGGAGUUCAUGAUCGAGGACAACGAGCUGAUCAACAAGGAGGAGCUGCCGGUGGACUACUCCGCGGACUACUGGGAGAAGCGCUACAGCGGGCAGAAGGACCGCGUGCCCCGGUUCCUGGACAAGUUCACGGACAUCAUCCUGCGGACCGGGAAGUACCUUAACGUUAUCAGCCAGUGUGGUAAAUCAAUAUCAAAAACAAAUACAGAAGAAAUAAAGUACUCGCUUCGGGAACAAAACUACGGUGCCAUAAUACAAAAGGCGUAUGCAUACGCCAGCAAAUCUCUACUAGAGUUACUGUUGAAGGAGUAUGAUCUCAUGGGGCGGUUGAAAUCUGUCAAAAACUACUUUCUGAUGAGCCAGGGAGACUUUAUUGUGCAGUUUAUGGAUGCCACGGAACAAGAGUUGUCGAAGAAAAUAGAUGAUAUUAUACCGUCGAAGCUGGAGUCUUUAUUGGGACUUUGUUUGAGAUUGUCGGCAGCUAGUCACGAUCCGUACAAUGAAGAUAUGAGGGUAGAGCUAUUGCCCUACGAUUUACAAUUCCAAAUGUUCAAAAUUUUGUCCAUUGAGACAGAGGAAGAGAAAGAGUACAAACAAAACAAAGAGUGUCCCCCGCUGACCGGCAUCGAGACGUUCUCGUUCGGGAUGGAGGUGAAGUGGCCCGUGUCGCUCAUACUCAACCACAAGGCCAUCGCCUGCUACCAGAUGAUCUUCCGCCAUCUGUUCUACUGCAAACACGUCGAGAGACUGCUGUGCAGAGUGUGGCUGUACAAUAAGGUGGUGAAGCGUUUCUCCGAGGCGCGCCAGUACGCGGACGCGUUCGCUCUGCGCCAGCGCAUGCUGAGCUGCAUCCAGCAUCUGCAGUACUACAUGUGUGUCGAGGUCAUCGAACCCUCGUGGUGCCAGCUCAUACAGAGCCUCGACAAGGUGAACAACGUAGACGAAGUGUUGGAGCGUCACAACGACUUCCUAGAGUCCUGCCUCGGCGACUGCAUGCUCACCAGGUCCCAGCUUCUGAAGGCAGUCACCGCGCUCUGUCUUGUCUGUGUGCAGUUCUGCACUUUUAUACAGGAGAUGCACAAGUACUUCGUGGACGCAGAGCUUAACAGUAUGCUUGGAUCAACGUAUGACAGUUCAGACUAUAGCGAGGGCGCGGGAUGCGGGGGCUCCGCAGCGGCGCUGGCGGCGGCGGACUCGUUCUCGCGCUCCGUGUCGCGCUACGGGCUGCGCUUCACCGCGGCGCUGUUGUCCGUGCUCGCCAUCAUCGACCAGAUGGCGCGCGACAACAACACCAACAAGCUGCUCAAUAUAUCCGCCAGGCUAAAGUUCAACACCUACUACGAUAAACAGAAGGAGAUGAUCUGCAACGAUGACAACAUUAUGGGAGAUAAGAAGGCUUCGUCCUAGCACAGGGCAGCGCGCUCGCGCUCCAAACUCGUCACGGCAGUGUGAACACGCCUUUACAUCACCCGCCACUGGAUAACAGCCGAUUUUUGUAACAAGCCAAAUUGCCGCAUUUAAAAAGGUGAAAUUUUUUGCUAUUCCUUUCAAAUUGUCAUCAAAAAAAUAAAGCCGAAAUUGUAUGUUCCGAAAUUUUUUUCUUAGGUGCUAUACUAAUUACAAUUAUACAUAUUGUAAUGGCUAGUGUUAAAAAGAUUAUUGUAUUGCUUUCCAUUUAUUUUCGGUCUCCAGUGGUUGAAAAAUGUCGAGUUGUAAAGGUAUAAGGAAUUCCAAAAGUGUAAACGAUUGGUAUAAAGACAAUUUACCUGUUAAGUAUCGAUAUUUAUUCCAAUAGAAUAGGAUACUAAAAUUCUAAUAGGUUACACAAGAUUGUAAUUUAAACUGACAAUUAAUUUUGAUGUUAGUAAUUGCACCACAAUGUUUAUGGGUAAAUCUGUGAAAGAUUAUUCUGAAUAACCUAUUUAUUUAAUUUAUAUUCUAUGAAUACUAGAUUCAUAGAAUAGAAAUUAAAUAAAUGCGAAUUAAAUUACAUUGAGUAAAUUUAAUAUAUAUUAAAUUUACUUAAUGUAAUUUAUUCUCGUAUUUGCAACACAGACAAAGGAAACUAUAGAUAAAGAGUUAGUGUAGCUACAUAAGAUAGAACUAUUCAAAAGUCUAUCCGACAGGUCGAGGCAGGCUGGCCUUGUAAAAGCUGGCACACGAUGUGGGACAAAAGACGGUAGCGCCCUGUCCCAUUCGUCCUUGUAUUACUAGCUAUUUUAUUGUAUGAACAAAAUAUACAACAACAAUGUUUAUAGUUUUCUCUGUCUAUACAUUGAAAUCUCACAGAAUAUGAAAAGUUUAACUAUGCCUGUCUAGCAUGUAUGAAGAAAAAUUACUGUAAUGUAUAGUAGAUAAAGAAACAGUGAGAAAUAUCCAGUGAUUGAAAUUUUGCCCCAACAACGUCAAUGCAGUAGAUAUUGACAAUAUAGAAUAAAUUACGAGUAUUUCUGCAUGUUCAGGUUUAUUCCUCAAAUAAUUUUUGUGAUCGUCUUCAUAAUAAGACUUGACUUUUACUGGUGUAAAUUCCUAAAUCUCAUUAAAAUCUCAAUAGUCGUGUUAUAUUAAUAUAGUGAACUAGUCUUAGCUUAAAUAGAUAAUAUGCUCUCGUACUCGUACUUGCGAAAAAUAAUUUUGAGGAUAAGUCUAGUGAAGAAAAUUAAAUAUAUAAAUGGUCAUAUAAAAACGAAUCCACGCAGGUUUUGUGAUUAGAAAUUAAUCCUAUCCGGUUAAGUACAAAUUUAAAAUCGUUCAAUAGUCAUUUAUUAGAACCUGUAUUUUUGUAUACGCUAUAAUUUAUCGGCACAAUUAAUAAAAAUAAAAUACUCACUAAUAUUCAUAUAAAAAUAACAAUAUUUUUGAUAAAAUUAGACCGCGAUCAAAUACAAUGUAUAAUAAAUAAUAAUGUGUAAAAGAUUUCAUAUACAUACAGCCAGUUUUAAUAGAAUUACAUAAGUAAUAAAGAGAGAUGAGACGCAUUGUGCGCACGUCACAAAAUGUGAACCAACUUAAAAACUGAGUUUGUCAACCUUUUUUUUAGAAUUGCGCGAGAUUCAGAUGAGGAUAUGUGGGCGAAAUACCCUAUAGAGUAGAUAAAAUUCUUUUUGUAUUCGGUAUACAUUUUGCGUCAAGACCUGUAAUAAAAAACUUGCCAUAUUUUAGUGAUAAUGGAUGCCAUGCAUUUGAAAAUAUAAUUCCGAUAUGUUAGAAUAACUCGAAGAUAUAGAGUAUGAUGUCGAUACCUUUGACAAAAAAAUCUUUCUCAUUUUGUAUUAGUAGGUACCUAAUUGGUGUUGUUGAUAUAAUUUGUUACAUUCGUUGUGAUUGGCUGUGUUUAGCUAAUAUUAAGUCAUUUCCUAGGAGUAAAGUUCCUAUGGUUUCGGCAUAUUAGCAAAUUAGAAUCUUGUCUUCUUUGUUGAUAAAAUUGUUGUCAUAUUGGUGUCUUUUGUGAAGUCCAACCAAAUGACAAAAGGCGACGUUUUUUUUUCGUUUACAACCCUAGUUUGACUUACUAUAUUCACCCCAUAUAAAAUAACUUUAGUAUUUGAAUAUUUCUCACAUAUAUAGCGCGAAUCUCACAGAAGUAAGUAUGUUGCGAUAUAUUUGUUCAUCACAACGUUGCUAGAAGUUGUUAGUUGUUCUAACCGUGUUUAGAAUUAUUUUUUGCUUUCAAUUAAAUAUUCUGAAUUGAUAUUUACCCACCUAAAAGUUGAAAUUAUAAAUGUCACAAGUCUUAAUGGCGAUAUGUAUGUAGAGUAUGUUAAUGUUUGGGUCUUAUGUAGUGGAUAAUUUGAAAGUAUUAAGUAGUCGUUUAUUCGAUAUGGCGUCCUGACAUAUCAAGAAUUAUACAUGUUAAUGUUAAAUCUCAGUACCGAUGUAAAUAAAUGCCAUCGUCAAUUUUUUAUUUCAAUAAAAUAAUUAAUUACUA